AUGGAUCCUCCUCAGCUUUCCCCUCAUAUCCAGAGCAUCGGCGUACGGAAUUUUACCCAGAGCCAGGACUCCACCACAACCGUCCGUGGGGCGAUCAAGAAGGAGCUCGCCAACAGGGUCAUCUAUGAUAGUCAACGUGUCUUUGACGUUCUUCUCAAUAGCGAGGAUCAGCCUGUCAAUUCAUGUCUCUCCGCAUUCAACGAGAAUCCUGACGUCCAACAUGCUAUUCGACGUCUCAAAGCUCUAGAAAUUGAGGCUGACAAAUAUCCUGGCAGCGAUGUUGUCCAAAGGAAACAUGAAAGGGAUAUGUACCCUCAUCUGGAUACGAUCUUCAAGUUUAUCACGGCAUUCGGCCGUCCCUCAGCAACUAUGACUCAGAAACCCCGCGAGUUCCAUAUCUCCCAUGGUGCAAUUGUAGAUGGCAAUCACACAUUCGGGUUCCCAAAGGCAGAGCCCGAUUUCGUCAUCGCCAAUUCAGGUGCCGAUUAUUCCAUUUGGCGAGAUGUGUCUGCUUUCGUAGAGGUCAAGGCCACGAAAAAGCAGGGACCAAGACCGAUCGGGGCUAGAGAUAGCACAGUACAGAUGAUCACCGCGCAAGCAGCAGAUUAUGCACGUAUAUUCAUGUCUGCUCGCCCAUUCAUGCUUUUCUCGGUGGCCCUCCUCAUAUGUGGAUCCGAAUUCUGUGUCGGUGUUGUUGAUCGUGAUGGUGUCACGCUCUCUCCGGUGCUCAACAUAUGGACGAAAACGCGAACAUUCAUUCAACUCAUCCUAUCCCUUUCUUGCUAUUUGACAGAGGAAGAACUUGGAUUUGAUCCAACGGUCUAUCAAAUUUGUCACGACACCACUGUAACACUACAGGUUCCCAGACCCUAUCCAGCCUACGUGAUCGGCCCUGUAGGAAACGAUGCGGGACAGCGAUCCUGGUGUACGGUUGAACACCCAACGUGGAGUUCUAUUUCGCUCACAGGCCGUGGAUCAUUGGUCUGGAGAGUUAGGGAGUGCGUCAAGGUCGAGCAUAACAAGCCCAUGCUGAGAGGGCCGGUAAUGAUUCUGAAGAACGCCUGGCAUAACAGCAAGCGCGACUCUGAAUCAGACGUCUAUCUCUCUGUGAAGGGAAAUCAUCCUGGGGUGGCCAAAUUUCUCACUGGAGGAGAUGUGAGAGAUCUGCGACCUGUCCUUCGACGGACGGCAGAGGCCAACCCGCCUGGUCCUGUUGUCAAGGGUAUUCUGGAAAACACCAUAUCUGUUCGUCAUCUCCGCGGGGACGUUUUUGAUGCUUUCGCGCAGACCCCUGUACUCCACCGUCUGAUCUUAAGCACUGUCGGUAGGCCAUUGUGGGAAUACUCGUCCGACGUCGAAUUGCUCAAAGGUUUGCGGGCGGCGCUUGAAGGGCAUCGAUUCCUUUAUGAACAGGGCAUCUUACACCGUGAUAUCAGUGCGGGCAAUAUCCUACUAGCAGAAGAUCGCAAUGCACCCCCUGGGAGUGAAGGUUUCAUAACGGAUCUAGAGUAUGCAUGGAAGGAAACCAUAACUGACCAAUCCAAGGUGUCCGAACCGGGAUCUACAGACAGCGUUCUGGCGCAGCGUGGGGCUGCUAUCACUGGAACGCUCCAGUUCAUGGCUAUGAGUCUUCUGAAUUGCCUCCACGAGUCGAAGCCAGUGACUCACACCGUUGAACACGACAUUGAAUCUUUUAUAUGGUCAAUGAUCUACGCCAUUUUACGGAAGCUGAUCACAGUGAAACAUGCUUCUUCAAAGGAGACCCUGUUAAUGACUAAAUUAUUCCGCGACUCGUUUGGGAGGCUGGACAUAUACCUUAUCCGUCAAUCUAGGGUGUACCUCGUGCCCUUCGAUUUUCUUACUCGAAGCAAAAGUGCACUCCUCCGGGGCAACAUGUCACGUCGCCUCUUCGACUUCAUGUUCAGACUCAAAGGGUUCAUGGGAAGGAUUGCGAACGCAUUCACUCAACCGGAGGACGAGAUCACUCUCUUUGGCGCUUUUGGCCCUGAAUCAGAUCCUCAGGCAAAUUCAUUUACUCAUACAGUUUUCAAUGCCGCCUUGACAGAGGCCAUCGAGCUCAUGGAACAGGGUCCCUACAAUUGGAAAUCCGGGGUCUAA